GUGAGCAGCAAACACUGACAGACAGCUACAAAAGUGAUCAGGAGGCGACAUGGGCUUGUGACGAACUUCCAUCACCACGCCUUCGGGCCUCAAGAGGAUUUCAUGAUGUAUGCUCAUGCCCUUCUCCUCCUCCUCUCCGCCUUGGUUCAUGCGCUUCCUCUUAUCUCUCGCGACGUUAUUUCCCCUCCUAUCACAAGUCCCACUUCAGGUGAUGUAUGGACUGUGGGUCAGACUGUAACGGUCACUUGGAAUACAACGGACAUACCGGCUGCUUCACAAAUAACGAAUCCCAUUGGGAUGAUUGUGUUGGGAUACCAGGCGAACAAUAGCUUGAACUUGGAUAUUGAUAAUCCACUCGCCAGCAACUUUGAGCUCACAGACGGUCAGGUCAACAUAACAGUCCCUGAUGUUGAGCCCCGUGAUGACUACAUUAUUGUCUGUGAGUACUCCGUAUGCAUCUGAGGCCUAACCGCACUGCCAACCACCCACCGCGCCUUUUAUAG